CCAUUGUACCAGAAGAAGAAGAAGGCUUUUUUCCAGCUCAGCCGUUGGUCGCCAUUUUUGACACGUUUCAAACAGUUGCGAGCAGUGUGUCAGAAGUGCAAGGCAUUUAUUGCUAUUUUAGUACAUAGUCGGUUGUGAAGAUCGAUGUCUCGAUUUCAUAAUAACCGCGGCGGCAUGGGGAUGAAUCAUUUCCAGCCUCGCAGAGGUGGCGGCGUCGGUGGUCCGAUGCGUGGUGGUUUAAUGGGAAACCCCCAAUUCCGGAAUCACCCUUUCUACAACCAGAAUCGAAGGGGACCGAACAAUAACUUCAACAGGCCAUCCAACCAGGGACAGCAGUCGACUCAACAGAAGCCAGCGGUCAUCCCACCGCCGAGCCCCGGGCCUGCUCUCACCAUGAAAGGCCCGAUGGACAAGCAGCAGACACCCACCAAGCAGGAGUCGGAAAAGCCGACAACCUCCGCGGUAGAGCCGAAGAUUGAGCUCAAGCAAGAAGUCAAAUCGCCCCAGGCCAACAAGAACCAGCAACUGAAAUCACCACCUAGAAACAAUAACGGACAGCAGCAGAACCAAUCUCAGCAGACGAGUCCCAAGUCGGGCCCGCAGCAGAACCAGAAAGUUUCCCCUCAACAAAACCAGCAAAGUCACAGGCAGGGCCAGCCACAAAACCAGAACCAGAGGCAGGGCCAGCCACAAAACCAGAACCAGAGGCAGGGCCAGCAACAAAACCAGAACCAGAGGCAGGGCCAGCAACAAAACCAGAACCAGGGCCAGCAACAAAGCCCACAGAACCAGAGGCAGGGCCAGCAACAAAGCCCACAGAACCAGAGGCAGGGCCAGCAACAAAACCAACAGAACCAGAGGAUGGGUCAACAACAAAACCAACAGAACCAGAGGUUUGGCCAGCAACAAAACCAGAGAGGAGGAAUGCAGCAAAACCAACAGAACCAGAGGAUGGGCCCGAAGACGGGGCUUCAGAUGAAUAAGGACAGCAGUCAGGAACAAGGACAAGGAGAGCAGGAGGUAGCGGGCAGCAGUUCCAAUGAAAGGCAAACACAGCAGGAAUUCAAGGCGACAUUGUCCAUGUUGCUGAAGCCUGGUGAGAAAACAUAUACGCAGCGGUGCCGUCUGUUCAUCGGCAACCUUCCUAGUGAGAUAACAGAGGAGCAAUUCAGAAAGAUCUUCUCCAAGUAUGGUGAGCCAAGUGAGGUGUUCAUCAACAAAGCUAAAGGCUUUGGCUUCAUUCGACUGGAGUCUCGUGCCCUGGCUGAAAUAGCAAAAGCUGAGCUGGAUGACAUGCCAAUGAAAGGCAGAACCCUCCGUGUCCGAUUCGCCACGCACUCAGCAGCUCUUUCCGUCAAGAACCUGUCACCCUAUGUUUCUAACGAGCUGCUGGAGGAGGCCUUCUCACAGUUCGGGAUGGUGGAAAGGGCCAUCGUCAUUGUUGAUGACCGCGGGCGCUCCACUGGCAAGGGCAUUGUGGAGUUUGCUUCCAAGCCUGCUGCCAGGAAGGCCCUGGAUCGAUGCAACGAGGGUGUCUUUUUGCUCACCACUUCGCCAAGGCCCAUAGUUGUGGAGCCGCUUGAGCAGUUUGAUGAUGAAGAUGGACUUCCUGAGAAACUGGCACAGAAGAACCCCAGAUAUCAAGCAGAGCGUGAAGAGCCUCCUCGCUUUGCUCGCCCCGGCACUUUUGAGUUUGAGUACUCCAAGCGUUGGAAGUCUCUUGACGAGAUGGAGAAGCAGCAGAGGCAGCAGGUGGAGAAGAACAUGCGAGAGGCUCGUGAGAAGCUCGAGGGUGAAAUGGAAGAUGCCUACCAUGAGCACCAGGCCAACCUGCUCCGACAAGAUCUGCUCAGGCGACAGGAGGAAUUGCGCCGCAUGGAAGAGUUGCACAGUCAGGAGAUGCAGAAGAGGAAGGAAAUGCAGUUAAGACAAGAGGAAGAGCGUCGCAGAAGGGAGGAGGAGAUGCUUCGCAAGCGAGAAAUGGAAGAACAGAUGCGGCGUCAACGUGAGGAGAGCUACAGAAUGGGCAACUUCAUGGAUAGGGAGCGAGAGAUGAGAAUGAGUUCUUCUGGCACAAUGGGCAUGGGAGACAUGUCUUUUGGUGCCGUCAGCCAGAGCUUUUCAUUGAGUGCAAUGGGAGCAAUGGGAUUUGAAGGGCAGCAGUCAUCUCCAGGAUCCCUGAUGAGCAACGAAAUGCGCAACGAGCGCUUCGGUCAGGGUGCUUCCAGAGGAUUGGGUUCUGGUAACUCCAGUUACGGAAGGGUCCGCGAGGAAUUUGACGGUCCCGCUAAGAAAGCUCGUUUUUAAUCGCUCCCUCUUUUUCAGCAGCAUUUUGUAUAGAUUCUCCAAAACAAAUAAUCAUUUGUAUUUAAGUUCAGAAUGUUCCAGCCUUUUAUUCUGAGAGUUCAUUCAUUUUACGAUACUACUUUUUUUUUUUAUUUUUUAGUUUAGUGUUGUAUAGAAUUAUAGAAAGGUAGAAUAUUAUAGAAAGGUAAGAAAAGUAGGUGUAUUUGACCCCCCCUGUAUAAGCCUAACAUUCUCUAGAUGUACUGUGUUGUGAAUGGUCGUGAAGUGUUAAUUGUACCUUCUUUUUUUUUUUUUUUUUUCUUCCAUGCACUUGCCGUCAAUGCAUGUAUUACAAUAAAGACAAAUGGGUUCAAUAUGGCCAAACCUUUUUAAUAUUUAUUCAAAACAAUCAAGCUCCAGCAUUUGCUUUUCAACAAAUAAACGUGGAUAAGUGCAUGACAUCAGGUCUAAAGGAAUGUAUGUUGCAUGGACUUGAUCGUCAUUUUAAGACCCCCAUAUCCAAUCCAUUGCUAAUAGGCCACUAUUAACUGUUAGGGGAAUGAGCUACUUCCUUGUGGCAUCUUGAAACAGGGCACUUUUCAUGUAAACCUUUCAUACUUUUGAGGAAAAAGUCAUUCUUCCAGCUGGGCGUGGAAUGGUCACGUCACACAUUUCGUCCUUUUUAUGUGGCAAACUCAACACGGUCACUCUGAAAGGACCAGCAAAAAGCCACAACUUGUGUGUUCUGUAGGUGGUCGUAAUGAUUCAUACUGCUGCUGAUGGUUAUGACCUUUCAGCCCUUGGCACACUAAAAUGCUAACGGAGUCAUCCAGCCUGCUUGCCAGAUAAGGCGUUUGUGGCUAUAGCUAGUGAGCUCUCAGUCCCCUCUAUACUCUUUCAUAUAAGCAGCUAGCGACCCAUCUAGUGAAAAUAACUUGUCAUGGACGCACUUGUCACUCACACAUGCCCAGCUUUAUUAGCAGUAUGGAUUUUGAUUUGAUACAUUUUCAGGUUUGGAAAAAUAUUCAUGAUCAAGAUUACUAUUUUUUCUAAAAGAUAAAAUUCUGAAUAACACAAAAAAUACUUGGAUUGAUCUGUUUUUCUCAGGCAGCUAAGAUGUUUGUGUGACAGCGCACAGUAGCCCAAGCAUCCUAGAAAACAUUAGCUCUUAUCCUCCUCCAAGCCAUUCAGACAAUUUCAGACAUCAUUCUUUAAUUCUAAGAAAUCAUGACAAAAUUAUCAGAAAAAAUAUUGUUUAUUUCACAACAAAAGUAGACAUGCUUUACAUGUAACAUUUCAAUGUCCAAAUAUAGACACUUUUUUACAACAUAGCCGUGCUAGUGCAAAAUAAAAACAUGAACAGGCUUAAUUUAUGGUUUGGUAAGCUUCCUCACUCUAUAAACGUCAGAGUGAUAGGGAUAGUACACAUUGUUAGAACAACAAUUUCAAAUACUACUCAAGUGAAGUUGAAGGGUACCCUUGAUCUGAGCCAUGCACAUAGAAAAAGCUAAAUACAGACUUUGUGUUAAAUCUCCAACAACGGCUGUGCGUCCUAUGCAGGGGAAAAAGCAGAGUUGCUAUGUAUUUGUAUCUGGAUUUAAUCUUUUGUUUGAGCUACAUUACCUGGCUAUAAUUUCCUGGUAAUUAUAUGCUGACAUAAUGGCAUGCAGAUUCAGAAUAAUUAAAAGAAAAGAUGAAUUCCAUCACUUAGAUCUGUUUAACGAGGAAAAGGCUUCUUGAGACGUCAUCUGUACUUCUGUGAAGAAGAUCUGUUUACUUAAUCUGCACUGGUGGUGUCACUCAUUGUGUUCACACUUUCCACUUAGAACUAUCAUGUGAAGGACAUACAGUCAUUAUGUUCAACACUACCGCUUUUUUUUUGUCUUAUCUUAUAUCUUGCACAUUUAUUUUGACAAAACUCCAAUGCAGUGUUGGCACACACAAAACUGCUGUCUAGUUGCAAGCUCUUGUUGAGCAGGUCUACAUGCAUUGUAGAAUUCAUUUCUAUACCUAUCACUGCUUGGAUGUAGGAAGACAAGAAGUUCUCCAGAGGAAGGAGCAGUCCACACAUGUUUCUCAAUAAGAAACUUACACAUGACAAUGGAAGCAUUUUCUUCUGCUGCUGAAUGCUUGCUUUGUGCUACCAACAUAUUUCCCUUAGUUCCCAAUCAUGCUACCUUUUCAGUGACAUGAACUCAUGGGUAAGAACCACCUUUGUGCUGUCCAAUGACAGCUGAAUAGUUCCAGAAAACACUUUGCUUUUGUCCUCUUAAUUUGUUUCAAAGCUUAAGUGCCUAAUUUUAGAAUUGCUGGGUUGCACUUGACAUAAUGUCCGGUUUUAGUCGUCACAGGCUCAAGCAGAUGGGCUCAGUGAAAUCAACCAAAAUCCCGCUGCUGCUCUUGCGUGUGGAAAUCAGUUGUUAUAGAAUUCCUAAGAGUUCAUCAUGAAGGAGGGAAACGGUUUCAAGAAAGAAGCAAAUAAUGCAGAGAAAGGUGGCUCGCUCUUGUCGAGAGGAGCAGGGUAUGAACGCACUCCAGUUGGCAGGGACUUGGAACAAGCACAAUUUCUUAAAAAACAAACUUCAAAUAGUGUUGGAACAUGAAAAUGGGGAAUGCAGGAAGAAUGAUCUCAAACUAUAAACUCCAUUUCUAUGACCGCAACUGAGCACUGAAAAUGUCUGCAAAGACAUGAAUCACAAGAAAUGGAGGAAAAGCAUUUGCCUACUGUCUGCUAAAUCUAAACUUACCCAAAACAAUGACAUAAACGUGUGAAAACAAUGAUGGAUUAUAGAAGACAGGAGACUGUAUCCAGGCAAGUGCUUGACAAUACGCUUGGAUAAACGAAGAUCUCACGGCAUGCAUCCACGACAUACCCACGCAUGGCCUUAAUGCCCAAGUGGUGAACCCAACCAACCAGAUGUCUCCAUACUUCUGGAAUUGUAAUUGUUUCACUAUGGGCGUUGGACAUUCGGUGCAGUAGCUCCAUUGUAGAGCAUGAAUGGAAGCUUAGUGCCUAGCUUAUUGUAUGUGUGUGUGUGUGUGUGUGUGUGUGUAUGUGUGUGUGUGUGUGUGUGUGUGUGAGAGAGAGCGAGAGACAGAGAGAGAGACUCAGGCUGGAUGAGUAUAUUUUCACCAGGUUGUUUUACCACUGAAAUGUAAGGACCAGCUUUGCAACGUAAGGACCAUUUUACAAUGCCCACUGACUAAGUGCAGGUUCUGAGUGGGGGAAAAGACGAGAGGCACGUUUAUUCUUGCACCCAGCUCGUAUCAGUGGCCUGAAAUAAGAGCGCUGUCUAAUGGUGUAAACUUUAGUGUCAUAAAUAUCUUACCUAAAAGACUUUAUUACAUUUUUUUUAAAAACAAAGUUCAUAUUUUAAAUCAGCGGUCCCCAACCCCUGGGCCGCAGCCCGGUACCGGGCCACACAGAAAGAAAACAAUUUCCAUUAUUUUAUAUAUUUUUUGUUUUAUUUUGAAAAGUGGCCGGAUUCUCUCUGUUACAUCCAUCUCACUUGACGCAUGUCCAUUGUGCGUGUGCUAACACAGAUAGACUACUACUGUAUUCUUACCAUUGUUCUUUCACCUCAUAUGUGGUAUCAAUGUGUAUACUAUGUGGGAAUGCAUAAAGGUAAGUUUGAUGACUUAUUGAGUGCUAAUGUGCACAUUUGUAUCAAGUGAAUUCAUGCUAGCACACUGCCUUUUAGCACACACGUCAAACAGCCAUGUAAUCAUCUCUCUGGAAACACUUGAACUGGUGGAUGGUGGGUCACCAUUCAUUUUGUGCUUUUAAUUUGAUGUUAUUCAUGUCUUAGUUUUACACAAUACAUAAUAAAUAAGACAUUAUUUUACACAAUACAUAAUAAAUAAGAUACAUUAGAUUACUAUAAUGUUACCCCCCUUCCCCCCAGUCCGCGGGAGAUUAGUGGGAACAUAAGCCGGUCCGUGGGUCAAAAAAGGUUGGGGACCACUGUUUUAAAUCAUACUACACAUUGAAAUGACGAGUCUACCCUAAAUGUUCAUGGGAUUAGUGAGACCUGAGGCAGGUUUGUUCCAAGAGCCAAACAAUAUUGUUGGUCAUGCUGUAGAAUAAUGUACUUUCAGCAAUACUUUGGUUGCAUUAUUUGUAAUGCCUUUGAAAAGCCACUUUCAUCACCAUAUUUGAUUCCACAAAUUCAUGUUUUAACAAAAGCUUUAGAAAAAAAAUGGAUCACUACAGAAUCUGAUCGACAAGACAAAAAAAAAUUGGAUCGGAAGCCAAAAAAUGUGGAUCGGGACAUCCCUACUGGAAACCUUAACAAUACUUGGCGCAUCUCUGUGGCAACUAUUGAAUGUUUGUUCCCCCAAGUCAAACCCGCACGCGACCGCUGGCUACCUCUAUGUGGUGUUGCAACCCAGCAAUAUCUGCUUAUUUGUUAAACACCAAAGUAUAAAUGAUAGAUUUGAUGAAUUUGCAUACAUGACAAAUGUUCCACUGGGUGAAAUGGGUUUAUGCCUCAGCUGUCCCCUGAAAUGUUACUUUUACGUGUUUUUGACAUUCUUUCUUUAACAGGUUUGGCCGACUAUAAAGAUUUUGGACUGUGGAGGAAAUAGUUUGCAUAGUUGAUUGGUGGCGGCGUUGGUUUGUCAGAGCCUGCUUUUGUGCCUGUGGAGGCAGUGUAGCACCAAUGGAAGGUUGGUAGGUACGGUAACUUGCAUGACCAAUCCAUCUCCCCAAGUUCAGCAAACAUUUGGGACGACCUGCAUGCCCAUGUUGUUUCAGAAGAGCUCAAAGCUGCUUAGCAAAAGACCUGAUCAUGUUAACCUUUUGGAACAUGUAUCGCAACAAGUGAGUUUUGUCCACUGUGAUUAGCGUUGUGCCGUAAUUACUUCCAAUUCUGCAGUAGUUGAUAUUUACCAGCUAAACAAAAUUGCCAAAUAGCAAACUACUUGUUUUGAAGAUGAUGAAGUAGGACCACUAUCCAUGUAGUCCUUUGUGGACUGUGAAGUGAACAACCUGAGAAAUGUUAGGACUUAAUGACACACUUGGUCUUCAUCACAUACCAGUAGACAAUUAAAACCCUCUUCAACCCUGCUAAGUAGACCAGGCAACAGUCUCGGUCCACUGCUCUUUUAUCACUAAAAGGCCAUUUAUGUCUACAUGUAGAUACUGUAUGCACGCAACACAAGAGAUUGUGUGUGUGUGUGUGUGUGUGUUGCGACCUUCAUUCUCGCUAAGCAGCAUGAAAUGUACACUUCAUUACAACGUGCACACAGUGUCUUAAGCUAAAGUGACUUAAUUAAGCCUGAAAGUAAAAAGAACAGCAGUAUUAACUUGGGUUCUACCACAGCUACUAACACCCACUAUUUUAUUUUCUUCUUAAGCUUUGCACAUGAAGGAAAGCUUUGUCAUUGUAGUCAGGAGUGUAAAAGGACAUGAAACCACAACAAUCCAAAUAGAAAUGUGCACAAAUGGAGACAGGCAAACUGCUGUAGGUUAAUAAAAUCUUUUAUCAUGGCCUACUCUCUUUAUGGCCAAAAAUUACAAGUAAUGCACGGGCAAUGGCCCCUAUUUUUUUCCUUUCUUUAAUCCACAUGAAUCAGCCAGACCAAGCGCCAUUGAAUUAAACUGACUGGCAAAAGUCACAAUCCGUAAGCAAAGGCUACUUUGCUUAUGUGGACAUUCAGUCAGUUUGACAUGGACUUCAACGGGCUCCACUGUCGUUGGAUGAUCCAUGUUGCCCUCGUACAAUAAUCAUCUGUGCUGCGUUUACGUUGUAUUUGAUAGUUCUUCAAUUCAUGUUACUGUAUUUAAAACCUCUGAUGGGUCUUCCAGUGGUACCUGACCCAAGUGUGUGUUUAAAAAGCUGAAUGUCUGUGUGGUGUCCAAUUUGUUUUCUUUAACAGGUUUGUCCAUCUUUAAAGGUGCGAAGGAACGGUCCAAAGCAAGAACUUAAGUGUGUGGAUCAGUAGUUUUGUGUGUAGCACUUGCUGGAGUGGUUUGGAUGAUGAAAAGGUAUAAUGCCAUCUCAUUUUCUCACGUGAUGCUGUUGACGUUUGGGUUGAUAGGCGUGAAACAUUUGUUCCUUUUUGAACAAUACAUAGCGUAAUGUGUUGAUGGCGUGAAUCAUUUGUUCCUGUUUAAUGUUCUCUAGUAUGACCAUGAAUUUGAACAGUACAUGGCUUUAAAGCAACAUACAGUGGAACGCUGUUGAGUCUAAACUAUUUUCCAUGCGACUAGAAAAUGUAUUCCACAGUAAAACUGUAACAGAAGUGUAAAACAUCUCUCAACAUUUAGACUAUCUGAAGCCUGUUGCUUUGAUGAAUGGAGUAAUGGGUUAGGCCCUUGCCGGCCCAAAGACAAGUUGGUUAGUGGUUUGGUCUAUCUCCAUUUUCCACAGUCAAGGCUGAUGUGUGUAAAUAUCAAACACAAAGAUAACAAAGUCUGCUUUCAUGGAUGACUAAUUUCAGAGGCUGAAAUCAGAGAUUUACAUUUUUUCAAUCAAAGGAUGAAUGGAAUACCAAAAUAGUUGUCUAUUCAUUGGAUGAUGGAUUAAUCACUGAUGAAUUGUUGCAGUUCUAAUUAAGACAGUCCGCUUGCUUGAUGUAACCCUGUCAAGGUAAUUACGUCCUCAAGAAGCCAGAGACAAACUUAAUUCUUUGGUUGCUCUGAAGUCGUCUUAUGAACUCCCCCGAAAUAUUUAGCUUAAAUUCCAGAUUGUACCACCUCUGGGGCAUCGGGCUUUGGACAUUCCACUAUUGAGUACAUGACAAACCAGUUUUUUAAGAUGCGACAUGUGCCAUAUGUAGAAAUGUUUGUCAUCAGAUCUAACUGGACAGGCGUUGCAAUGACAUGAAUAGGAGCGCUGGCAGACAAAGGACACUGGCCAAUUUACAUUUUCCUUUUUUGCUGCUGAUGCCAUAAAGUGCAGUUGAUAAAGUAAUUUGCCCCCGUGAUGCGGUAUUGGCAGAAAUCAGUUCAAACUGACCAUAAUGCUCUGAAAUCAUCUCCAGCUGUUGUUUUAAGACGUUAUCGAUUGACAGGCAUGUGGGAAAAGUACUUUUACAAAUAAUAGUUGAGUAAAACGUUAAAGUUCUCAAAGCAAAAUCUUGGCAGAUGGGGCUGCUAAAUAAUCUUCCCCAUUAGUCCCCAAAGAAUAAGAAUUUGAUCUAUGUGGUUACUUUGAACUCAGUUAGCCACAUUAUUGGUGUGGAAUGGAAACCAAAGUGUUGGCUUGGCAUAUUGACAAUGACAACACUCGUCAUGAAUGAACAAGUACAUGCCCCCCCCCCCCCCAAGCUUGGCCGGUUGUGCUUCAGUGUGUAUGUGUGUUGUGUCUUUGGCAACGUGAGUCAGCCAGCCUGCUAGCUUGUCAGAGACAGGCUGCCCCAGUCCACAAGUCCCUGCAUUGGCUUACAUUGACCAUGAGUAGUUCUGCAGCAGUAAAGCCUGGACUUGUUUGCACUGCAGCCAGAGGUAUGCUUGCACGGAUCCAGUAAGGUAAGUGUUCAUCCAUGUUUAUCUUAUCCAGAUGCACACUUAACUCCUCUCUCUGUCCUCGCUCAUUCCACGUCGCCCCCUCCAGGUGACUCUCUGAAGGGCUUCUGGCGUCACACAUGUCAAGAAUGGCAUCACAGUGCAGAUCCUCUCAGCUCCUUGUGUGUGUUCAUGACCAAGCUGUGUAGACUCUGCAGUGUGUGUGUGUGUGUGUGUGUGUGUGUGUGUGUGUGUGUGUGUGUGUGUGUGGUUGUAGUACUUUGCCUCACGGUGACGAUGUAUGGGUGCCUGAGUCGCUGGUCAGCAUCUUUAACCAUAGGUGGUGACCUACAGUAUUACCUCCAGCAACAUUACUCUCUGCUUGCUUAUUGCUGCUAUUCCUUCACUUACUCUUUCAACACAAAUAGGCAGGUUGUUGUUUAAAUGACCACAAAAUGUUGUAGUGUUAACCGGAGUUGGGACGAAGAACCCACUGGAACCAUGUUGUUGAGCUCUAUUGCCACUGAGCAGAACCAUUUGUUCUGCUACAGAAUCCACAUGGGUCAAAAGUCAUUUACCUUUCUGUGGCACUUUGGGCCAUCUUUCCUUUGGUGUACCAUCUUCAAGAAUAGGAAGUUCUAAAGGGAAUGUGGACAACCAAACUGUCACACUGCUUAUGUAGAACUAGACUUACCAGGUGUUACCUUUGGAAGCCACAGCUUGGCGUUUAUGAAUACCCUUGAGCAAUUUACUGGUGCUCCUCGCUUUAUCACUUCAGCUGUUGAGUUGAGUUUUAGUGUAAGUCAAAAUUGUACUUAGGUCUCCACAGAGUACACACAUUAAAAAGAUCAAAUACAAGAAUGUUGUCCUGCCUUCUAAUGUUCCUGGCUUGUCUGGAAGGAGAACCACCUCUUCCUGCAGAUCUCCUUGUAACAGCACAUGGAAUCCAUGACACCUCUAGCAUUCAUUAGCAUUCAACAAUCUUUGUCCUUGAUGGUCAUGACACAAGAGCCCUUUUAUGCUGAUCAUUUCCACUUCCAUGCUGAGACCUAAUGAGGUCCAUAAAGUCAACUAUUAAAGCCCGGGUCGCAGCCGGUCAUACGGCUGGUCUAUGUGGGGAAAACCAAAACGUACGGAGGGCGCACAUGCUGAUUUUGAGGCUGCAGAGGUUGUCAUGUCACACAAACUCUAUGGGCACUUAUGUUGUACGCACUUUGUGCGUCAUCCAUGCGGCCAAGGUGUGUCUUGUGUAUGUUUUUGGGUAAAAUGUCAAUUUUUGUGGACUGUGUGUGUGUCAUGUGCCACACGUAUGUUCAGGUAUUUCUUACAUCCGCCAUGCGUGUCUAGAUCUGACUACUCCUCCAUGGCCACCACAACUACAGUAUGUUCUCCAGGAACCAAAAAUACCAAAAAUUGCACAGCCAAAAAAUUGUAGCUCUGGUUGUGACCUCGACUAAAAUGAUAUUUUGCACCAGCGCACACAGAGUUCAAGGCACAUACUGCUUUCUUGUUCUACGGGUAUUGUUCUAGCUAGUUCUCAAGCCAAUGGAGCUUUUAAUCAAUCCGUGGGGAUGUGUUAAUGCCGUAAAACGAGGACCACCUGUACAUAGUACUUGUUUUAAUGACUACCUCCUGUUAGCUGAAUCUUCUCCUGGACCCACAACAUGACGUGAUGGUUUUGGGUCUGGGUUCGUUGUAGUUGACUGUAGUCUGGUGUUUGUUCACAUCCUACGUGACACGCUUGCUCUGGCUGUGACUGAGGAAGAUAGCAAACAUGGAGAUGGUGUCUCGCACAGCAGGACAUGGGUGGUGUUGGAUCUGCAUCUGCUCAUUUGAAAUGGACUCAUGAUUUAUGGCAGGAGCAUUGGGGUGUUUUUGUUUUUUUGCCGACAAGACAUAGUUGUUCAUUGACAACUCUGAUUUUUCUUUAACAUUCAGCACUAGGGCUGGGCGAUUACUUGAAGCACGAUGUCAAAGACAACCAUAUUGUUCAUAUUGCUAUAGACUGGGUUUGCGCUUUAUUUCUCUGCACUGUGUGAGCUUCUGCCCCUCCCCCUCCUUGCAUGCAGGAGGAGGGGUGGUGCAGAAGGCGGGCGACUCAGUCUGACGAAAAUGGAGGACACGACAGAUGCGGUGGAAGAAUUGGUCAGCAGCAAAAAGGCAGUGGCUCAGAAAUUUGGAGGUACUUGGAAUUUAGGCCUUGGCAAUAAACCAUAAAUUUAUCAUUACCGAAAUUUACCACGAUAACCGGCGUCAUUUUGCCCAUGUCGGUAAAUUCCGUGUUUUAAUAAAAAAAGAAAAUAAAAGUUUAGACUGUGUGUGCUGGUUUGCUAUGUUCAUUCCCCUUUAAGACGACGUGCAGCUUGUCUAGUCACAUGACUCCACCCAUCCAGCCUGAACCAGGAGGGAAACGGCUGAUGGUUGAAAUGAAGGGGGGGGGCUGUACGGUGCCAGCAUUUCACUCGCGUAUGCGCCUCCAAGUAGACUGGGAGCACACGUGCGACUACAGUACGUUUUUCAACCCUUUCAUGAGCAUUUUGCUCAUGAAGUAAAUCCAUGAAAAGUCAAUCCAAGUAGAGCAACAUUGUGGCACAUCCGUAUAGAAAUGUACAAGUCUCCUCCAACUCACAUUGACAUGUCAGCCGUACGAGCUGCACUCGCUGAUGUAGCUAGCUAGCCAUGUUAUCACACUCACGCGCUAAAAACACUUGUUUUUUCUGUUUGCAUGCAUCAUAACGCCGCUCCGAAUGAAACUAAUACCACAAAUACUUAACGUGUAAUACACGGAUGUUUAAAGCCUUUAAAAAACAGAACGUGUCCAUCAUGGCCAAUUAUGUAAAACGGACAAUUAUAAAAAUAAAACCAUGUAAGCGUCUCUAUAGGGAACCAUAACCAUUCUGUUAGACGUGUAGCAGUGUGUGGUGUUGGGGUCAAAGUGCUGCACUGGUGCACAAUUACCUGUUUUCAUUUUGAAAGUAUUUAGCUUCCAUUUGUAGUUGGGCGUGGGCCCAAUGACUGAGGUGUUGUCCUGCUGCUCAGUGGUUGAAGCCUUUGAGGCUUUGAGGUGGUCCAUAUCAAUCUGCACUGUGAUCCAUUCCGCUUCCUUCGCCAGCCUUCAUUGGUCUGACUUUUUGUUGUUUUUUUGCCAUGUCCCAUGACAAUGCGAGUGUGAUGCCAGAACUACCCUCGUGGCCGCAAGUGGCCCUCUAAGACGCUAGGGAUGGAGCAACGUUAGGACCUUCCUCGUCCAAACAUGCUCGUCUGUUGACCAGGCAGCACAACUUGGAGCUUGUACCGGUGUCAUUGAUCAGGGAUGUGUUGACUGCAGCUCACACUCCAUAUGACACCUCACCCAGGUCACACUGCACCAUUUCACUCGUUUUGGAAUCCAAAUUGAUAACCUGCGCCAACAAUGUCUUUCUUCCUUUGUCGCUUUUUCAUAGGAAUGCUGACACACAUGAUGCUGCCUCACACACUCGCUUCAUUCCUCACCAGACGUUCGGCCUGUCACAGUAAUCAAUCAAUGAUAUAUUGACGUGUGCAGCAUGCAUGUUUGAUUUCCUCUCUCUACCAAUCAGGUCAUCGUGAGAAGGAACAUUUGUGUGCAGCGGGCCGCUCAAUUGUCUCGGAAUGUCCUCAGGAACACAACACAUGUGACGUUUUAUUUUCAUGUGUUUUGUCUUGAUUGAAAAGCUCUUGACAUUCCAGUUCCAAUGUCAAACGCUCUUGCUUUUGAUACAGUGCACCGGAUUACAUUCAGGGAAAAAUCAAGUUGACAAUAUGGUGUAUCGGCAGUGAUUUGUAGGACAAUUAUCAUCUAUGGUGACAGACAAGACAUUAAAGGAACCCUCCUGCGUCGGUCUACCAACUAACAGGAAGUGGUGUAGUGUGACAUGUACCACAGUAACAGUCGCUCUUUGGUAAUGCAUGCUCAUGUCAUAUCACACACACACAGUCACUAUGGGGCUCUCACUGAGUGUCUCUCGCCCACAGGAACCCCCUCUAGCUGAAGGAGGAUGACCAUCCUCACUGCUCCGUGACAGGAACGUAAGCACAGCAAAGUGAAGGUGAUGCCGGGGAGGUUCUCCGUGUUUGUUGCUGGGGAUGUGGAUGUUGAAGUGGAAGGCAGCGCUCGCCGUGAUGAUGCAACAGCAGCACAUGGAGGAUGAUGAGAUUGAAGCUCAAUAAAAAAAGAUUAACCUGA